CCCCCGAGCCGCGCGCCCGCCGGCCCGUGAGGAGCCGAGCGCGCCGCCGGGGCCGCAACCGCGCCGUCGGAGCAGCGCGCUGAGAGCGGGAACCCAAGCCGGAGCCGCCCGUGCCAUCCGCCAGCAAGAGCCGGGCCGGGGCGGGACGAGCUAUGAUGUCGACCUACAAGAGGGCUACGCUGGACGAAGAGGACCUGGUGGACUCGCUCUCCGAGGGUGAGGUGUACCCCAACGGCUUGCAGGUGAACUUCCAUGGCCCCCGGAGCAGCCUGCGGUGCUGGAGUGCACGGACCCAGGUGGAGAAGCGGCUGGUGGUACUGGUGGCAUUCUUGGCGGCAGGACUGGUGGCGUGCCUAGCAGCGCUGGGUAUCCAGUACCAGACAAGAAGCCCUCCGGUGUGCCUGAGUGAAGCCUGUGUCUCGGUGACCAGUUCCAUCCUGAGCUCCAUGGACCCCACAGUGGACCCGUGCCAGGACUUCUUCAGCUAUGCCUGUGGUGGCUGGAUCAAGGCCAACCCUGUGCCCGAUGGCCAUUCUCGCUGGGGAACCUUUAGCAACCUCUGGGAACACAACCAAGCCAUCAUCAAGCACCUGUUGGAAAAUUCCACGGCCAGCGUGAGUGAGGCCGAGAGGAAGGCCCAAGUGUACUACCGGGCGUGCAUGAAUGAAACCAGGAUCGAGGAACUCCGGGCCAAGCCCUUGAUGGAGCUGAUUGAGAAGCUCGGAGGCUGGAACAUCACGGGACCCUGGGCCAAGGACAACUUCCAGGAUACCCUGCAGGUGGUCACCGCCCAUUACCGCACUUCACCCUUCUUCUCUGUCUAUGUCAGUGCCGACUCCAAGAACUCCAACAGCAACGUGAUCCAGGUGGACCAGUCUGGCCUGGGCUUGCCCUCCAGAGACUAUUACCUGAACAAGACUGAAAAUGAGAAGGUGCUGACCGCAUACCUGAACUACAUGGUGCAGCUGGGGAAGCUGCUGGGCGGGGGGGACGAGGACGCCAUCCGGCCCCAGAUGCAGCAGAUCCUGGACUUUGAGACGGCCCUGGCCAACAUCACCAUCCCCCAGGAGAAGCGUCGGGAUGAGGAGCUCAUCUACCACAAGGUGACAGCGGCCGAGCUGCAGACUUUGGCACCGGCCAUCAACUGGCUACCUUUUCUCAACACCAUCUUCUACCCUGUGGAGAUCAAUGAGUCCGAGCCCAUCGUGGUCUACGACAAAGAGUACCUGGAGCAAGUCUCCACGCUCAUCAACACCACUGAUAAAUGCCUACUUAACAACUACAUGAUCUGGAACCUGGUGCGGAAGACCAGCUCCUUCCUGGAUCAGCGCUUUCAGGACGCCGACGAGAAGUUCAUGGAAAUCAUGUAUGGGACCAAGAAGACAUGCCUCCCUCGCUGGAAGUUCUGUGUGAGCGACACUGAGAACAACCUGGGCUUUGCCCUAGGUCCCAUGUUUGUCAAGGCGACCUUUGCCGAGGACAGCAAGAACAUAGCCAGUGAGAUCAUCUUGGAGAUCAAGAAGGCCUUCGAGGAGAGCCUGAGCACGCUGAAAUGGAUGGAUGAGGAUACCCGGAAGUCGGCCAAGGAAAAGGCCGAUGCCAUCUACAACAUGAUAGGCUACCCCAGCUUCAUCAUGGACCCCAAGGAGCUAGACAAGGUCUUCAAUGACUACACUGCUGUCCCAGACCUGUACUUUGAGAACGCCAUGCGCUUUUUCAACUUCUCCUGGAGGGUCACUGCCGACCAGCUCAGGAAAGCCCCCAACAGAGACCAGUGGAGCAUGACCCCACCCAUGGUGAACGCCUACUACUCACCCACCAAGAAUGAGAUUGUGUUUCCGGCCGGGAUCCUGCAGGCGCCCUUCUACACUCGCUCCUCGCCCAAAGCCUUAAAUUUUGGUGGCAUCGGUGUCGUCGUGGGCCACGAGCUGACUCAUGCUUUUGACGAUCAAGGCCGUGAGUACGACAAGGAUGGGAACCUGCGACCGUGGUGGAAGAACUCAUCCGUGGAGGCCUUCAAGCAGCAGACCGAGUGCAUGGUGCAGCAGUACAGCAACUACAGCGUGAACGGCGAGCCCGUGAAUGGCCGGCAUACCCUUGGCGAGAACAUCGCCGACAACGGGGGCCUCAAGGCCGCCUAUCGGGCCUACCAGAACUGGGUGAAGAAGAACGGGCCUGAGUAUACCUUGCCCACCCUGGGCCUCACCAACGACCAGCUCUUCUUCCUGGGGUUUGCACAGGUCUGGUGCUCAGUCCGCACGCCCGAGAGCUCCCACGAAGGCCUCAUCACUGACCCGCACAGCCCCUCCCGCUUCCGGGUCAUCGGGUCCCUGUCCAACUCCAAGGAGUUCUCCCAACACUUCCACUGCCCGUCUGGCUCGCCCAUGAACCCUCAGCACAAAUGUGAAGUCUGGUAAGGGCCGAAGCUGACAGCCACAGAGGAGGGCAGGGGCCAAGGACAAGCCGGCUCCUCCCACUGGCCUCCCCCAGGCCACCCUGGGGUCCCCGCCGGUGCCCGAGGCUUGGUUGCCAGCACUGGCUGCCCAGCGCUCAGCCUAACCUGAGAGCUGCCCUGUGACGGACUUGUCAGCCCAGGGGCAUGGCCACCGUGCCAGUGGGCAUUUGGCAACAGGCUGGUGGCUCGCUCAGCAGGCCUGGACCCAAAACGACAUGGGCAGUGGGACGCAGCCCCGCCCACAUCAAGCACCACAAAAACCACUGUGUCAAAGGCUUUAAACAUAUAUUUUUGGGGAAACCAUUUUGUACCAUGUGGCAAACACUGGAAAUCUUCAGGGAGAAAAUGCAUUUUAAAUACUUUU